AUGUCAUUUGUAGAUGGCGUGUUGCAAAGAAAUGGAGAGAGUCAUCUCGCAAUCAAAUGUCCGUAUUCCGGAAGAGUGCUGGCAAUUGCAGGAUGCACUAAUUCGGGGAAAACAUCUAUCGCGAAAGUCCUAGCAGAAGUGUUUGAAGAGGAAGAGGCUUCAGUGAAGAUUAUUCACCAAGACGAGUUUUUCUACGCCGUGGAGAAGGUUGAUGGUUUCGUGAUCCUUGGUUAA